AGUCGCGCAUUUCUGUCCGGGGGUGGCGACAAAGUUUUUAAAGUCACGCGGCAUGAAAGUUUAAUUUGUUGUCUCGAGAGGAUGUGCGGGGGUGAAAGGAAAGCUUUGGCAAAACUUUUCACCACGUUUAACUUAUGAAACUAAUAAAUUACACACAUAAGGAUAGAAAUAUUGUUAACUUUCACCUACAGCCCAAAACUUUUUUCCCCCCUCACAAAAUGCAAUAAAAACAGUUGUAUUUUUGGAAUGCAAAAUGCUAUCUGGCAGAAAGUUUAUUUUCCACCUGGUUUUCAGUUUGAUCAAGUCCUUCGAGGCAUGUACAUGUAAUUUCCGUUUCCUGUAGUCACACAAAUAGCUUUUCGUAUAUAACAUAGCUUCUAAACAAAAUGACUACUUCUCCCAAUGAGGACAAGUCCUCAGUUGUACCAUUUCUUAAUAAGACGCCGAGUCAGCAGAAGUUGGGGAAGGAAAUGGGGGAAGUUUCGGGAAAUGAUGAGUAUGAGAGUUGGAUGAAAUCACGACUGUUGCAACGGCCAGAAGAUCAGUUGGAUCUCACAGAAGCGGAGUUGAGUGAAGAAGUUCCGAAGUUGCUGACAACAGAAAAUACAAAUAUUGUCAAGAAUCUCGUGAUCUACAGCUUCAAGGAUGGAGGAUUUGUCAGUGCACCUUCUAUGGGAAAUACUGUGACUUUAUUUCAAUUUGAAGGAUCAUCACUUCAUGUGGAUUCUCCAGAAGCUAAGGCCCAAAUGGCCAAUAUGGGAGAAGAGGAAGUUGAAGAUGAGUCAGAAAAGGUGGAGGAGAAAUUACCAACACUCGAACAGGAUAUUCAGGAGGUAGAUAAGGAGGUGGAUCCUGAUGGAGAAGGAGUCGAUGGUGAAGCAGCUGAUGAGGAAGUUCUGGAUGAUGAACCUGGUGCAUCUCAAGCUGGUCCCAAGAAGAAACUCAUCAAUCAGUUCAAUUUCUGCGAAAGAGCGGCUCUUACGUUUAACAAUCCCUAUCGUACUGUGGAGACUCAAACUAUUCCACCUCCACGAUCUACUUUUGGCGGGAAUGUCCUUCAAUGGGUGAUCUACGAUUCCUAUGCUGAAGAUUACGCGCAACAGCAAAAGGAAAGGGAAAAGGAUACCAAAAAGCCUCCACCGAAGAAGGAUGAAUCGAAGAAAAAGGAAGAUAAAACAAAAGCUUCAGAACAACUUAAUAAGAAGUAUCUACAGAGUUGGCAGAUUCUCGAGAGAAUGGUCAAUCAAAAUAUUUACGACGAAAUUGCUCAAGAUUACCGUUAUUGGGAAGAUCCUUCUGAUGAAUUUAGAGAGGAAGAGGGAACUCUUCUUCCUCUGUGGAAAUUUUCUUACGAAAAGACAAAGAAGCUAAGUGUAACGGAUGUUUGCUUCAACACUCUCUACUACGAUCUCUUUGCUGUGUGCUUUGGUUCAAUGGAUUUUGUAAAGCAAUCUGCUGAAGGAUCGGUCUGCUUAUUCACCAUGAAAAACCCAUCCUUUCCGGAUUAUCGCAUUUGGACUGAAAGUGGGGUCAUGUGUUGCGAUAUUCACGUAAAGUAUCCCUAUCUUCUUGCAAUUGGAAUGUACGAUGGAAAUGUGGCCGUAUACAACUUACAAGCUAAUAUGCGAGAGCCUAUGUAUAUGUCUCAAGGAGUCAAUGGGAAGCAUUUGGAAUGCGUGUCAGAGAUCAAAUGGGGUCCGGAUAUGACGGAUGGUGAACUCAAUUUUUACUCUGCAUCGACAGAUGGAAGAGUCUUCAAUUGGGUACUAAUGCAGAAUAAGCUGGCCAUAACGCCAAUCAUGACACUCUAUCUCGAUCGUGAUCUCGGUGGAUGUCCUGAUGGAACGGACAUUAAACUCAAGGGCUGCGCAACUUGCAUGGUUUUCCAUCCUACAAAUUCAGAGAUCUUUCUUGUAGGAACUGAAGAGGGACUGAUAUUCAAGUGCAGCACUGCUUACAGUUCUAAGUACCUGAUGACCUAUCAGGCUCACUAUUUGCCUAUUUAUCGGAUUGAUUUCAAUAAAUACAACUCAAACAUCUUUGCUUCGUGCUCUGGAGAUUGGAGGAUUAAAGUCUGGGAAGAUAUGAGAGGAGAACCCUUGUUUAUCUUUGAUUUAGCCGCUAGUGUUGGAGAUGUUAAAUGGGCUCCAUAUUCUAGUACUGUAUUUGCAGCAGUUACCACCGAAGGAAAGGUUUUUGUUUUCGACUUGAAUGUGAACAAGUAUAAGCCAAUCUGUAUUCAAGCUGUAGUGUCAAGAAAACGAAACAAACUUACACGAUUGGCUUUCAAUCAAAAACUUCCCUUUAUCAUUGUUGGAGACGAUAAGGGAACCACAAUCUCACUGAAAUUGUCGCCUAAUCUUCGAUUGAAGGUGAAACCACCGAAGAAGCAGCAAUGGAUGGAUCAAGCGACUUUGGAAGCUCAAAAAUUGGAGAAGCUUCUCUCAUUGGUACGAGAACUUCCUGAAGGCGAGAAAAUCAAGGAUACAGCCACAACUGUAGCUUCUGGACGAAAUUAGUUGAACUUGUUGUAAAGAAUCUCGUACAAGUCUAUUAUUCAAGCACUCGAUAUGUACAAUAAAAGAACUCUUAAGGAG